AGAAGAUCCGAAAAUCUGGUCACCAUCCUGCUCUAGUGCGCUUCUUUCUGCAGCAGCUGUCGAUACUUGUACUCCGUAUAUCCUUUCUGCUCUCGCCCCGCGUCUGCGCCUCAGGCCUGUCCGGGUCCAGACUGACGGCUCCAGCUGCACAUCGACUGGACGAAACGCCCACCCUGUCGUUAGCACGUCGUCGCAUAUCAGGAGUCAGGAUAUGGUGGUCGACCGGCUCCAUCUUUGUGCGACGACAGAUGCCCUUGAGACGCGUGUCUGAGAACAACGAGCAGGAUCACUCCCGACGCCCAGGGGCACAGCAGAGCCCGUCGGCGUGAUAGCAGCUGGCCAGCUAUACCAUCCACGACUGAUUGUGCCAGGGGGUUUAUACGGAUUCGAAAGACAAGAUGGUGGGAGCAGCAACCUUGGAGCCCCCAAAAUCCGGGCGGUCUCGAUUUUCGAAAGCUCUUCCUCCUCCACCUUCUUUGCCAACGUUUGACUUUGAGUCGGAAUUUGAUCUUUCACCGCCGGCUUCUGAGAAGGCCCUGCCUCAACCGCACCCCACGGCUCCGCUGCCUCCCGUACCGCCACCGAAGAGUGAGGUCCAAACAACGGGGGAAACCACCAUGGCUGCAGUAGCCAAACCACGGGACUCUCCGUUACCUUCCUUGCCCCCUAAGCUCACCGGGCCACCGCUUAGGAGCAUCCCGCGGCGGCCCGUUGCAGCUCCCGUUACCUCAACUUCAGCUCUUUCCCCAACUCCCUCUCCGGCCGCGGCAUCCCCAAACCCGCUGCCCUCACCCGGAGGUUCUAUCUCGAGUCUCCUAUCUGCGUACUCUGACCACACGGACGAUGAACCACUGUCGGCAUCAGCAGAUUCGCCCGAGGGCAUUCUUGACCCGAAAAGUGACUAUUCGGUUGUGUCACCAAACCUGGACGUGCAGAAAGGCAGCGCAGUGGCCGGAUCACCAACGCGUGGCUUACCAUCAUUGCCAUCUGAUCAGGAUGCGCAGAAGCAAGAGCCCCGUGGCCGGGUGUUCGAGGGAGAUGACAAAGAAUUACCACCGCCGCCGCCUUUGAAAGAUUCCCAGAGGAGCCUUUCCAGGCCUCGAACGCCUCCCGAUCUGCAACAACAAAUUACACAACCGUCCGCGUCUACAGACGCCGGAUCACCCUCGGGGAAAGGCUCUCCACAGCAGGGGGAGCUCUGGAGGCGGCGAUCGCUCAAGGCUGACAAAAACUUGGUUGUCCCGGACCUCAAACUGGUUUCCAGUCACGGUUCCACUGCUGCGUCAGCUCAAAACUCCUCGCAGAGCAGCUAUAGCGGUCAGAGCGGCCUGGAAUCACAACCGUUGCCACCCCCUCCUCCCAAGAGCAACCCGGAGCCAUCCAAACCAGCCCCAGCGCAGCGACCCCCUCCACGUGGUGCCAACGGGGGCUUGCCUGGGCGGAAUAUUCGGCCUGCACGUAGCGAAGAGCCCGCAGCGCAGGGGGAAGGAAGCAUGGGACAAGAAGGGUCACGGGUCAAGGAGAACCUAGAAACUGUGAAGAGGGGACGAAGCGGAGAGGAGGAGUUGAGCAGUCAGGGAACCGGACCAGCCGCCACGGUCAGUUCGGCAGCAUCGGCGGCCGUCUCCUCAGCCUCGGCUGCACGUCUGCCGACGCCCGAGCACGGGGUUAACGAUGCUCACAGCCCGCUGCCAGAUACGGCUGUCUCGCCGAUGUCCCCGGCGUCAUCACCCAGACCUGCAGGCGAAACGAAGCCGAUCACUCGGAAAGCCGUUGGGGCCCCAGGAGCUCAGCUACGCCAUGCCAAGAGUUCCCAGUCUCUGGCACCGGGUCCGGAAGGCACGGGGCUAGGCGUGCGGUCGCCUGCCGGCCUCCCAAUGUCUCCGAGACCUGAUGUAAACCAGAUCCAGAAGCAGACGCAACCCCCGGCGCCGCCCGGGGUCGACAACAGCAAGGCUUCCAGCCAGGAGCAGAUCCUCCCCGUAUCUCCGACGCCAGACCGAGACCAGACUUCAAGCCAGAAACAUUACAUCCCUUACUCACCUCCGGCUGAUCAAAACAAGGCCUCGGCUCCAGCCCAGCCUGCAGCCCCGUCUCCCCAGAGCGACGAAGUUGCACGGUCGUCCCCUGCCGCUCCAACCGGAGCAUCAUCGGGCAACACAUCAACCCAGUUCGCAGCCCGGCAGACACCCUACCCCCAAGAUCCAAUCCGCGAACCCAUCCGGCCGCGCGCCUUCUCUGAAACAGAGUCCAUCGAAACCGUAAAACCGCGGCAACAGUAUGAAAUACCGCCUGUCCUCAUCGACUCCUUCCCUUCCGCCGAUUCCACUUCCACCCUAGGAGGAGGCGAACUCCUCCCCCUCCGCGAGCCGGACCCCAAUGAACCAGAUCAUACGGAUCACCCGGGGGCGGCUCGGUUCCCGCGCGGGUGGUACACCCCUCUGCCGGCGGACACGAUCCCGGACGCUAGGCCGCUGACACAGCGGCACUAUGACUGCCUGACGCAGCACCGGUACAUGACGGCCAACAGACAGCGCACCAACCCGGUCGCGUGCCGGACGUGCGGACACAAGGACCGCAAUGCCGAGUGCUACAUAUGCAGCGCGUGCUACCUGAACGUGUGCUCCGGGUGUGUGGCAGUCAUCCGUCGGUGUAAGGGGGACCUGAGGGCUGUUUUGAAAGAGGUCGAGAAGGGGGGAAGUAGGGGGAGCAGGGUGAGCGGGGGGAACGGGGAGAGGAAUGUUGGUCAGUAUUAAGGGAAAAAAAAAAAGGGCCGGACCGGGGAUGCGGGAGGGGUAGGGGGGGUUAUUAUGGUUUGCUGACUACCGAAACUGGGUGCUCGGCGCCACCAUUCUUCUUCUUUCCCUUCUCUUUUUGAAAUUAUUUCUUCGCUUCGCCGUCUCUCUGAGACGUCUGUGGUUGUUUUGGCCCUUGGUUGGGUUUGCGC